CUUUAUUAGCCGUGCCUUUGUGCUGCUAGGUGAACACAGUUUUUUCUUCGCGGCUUAUCGUUAUCAACAAGAACGCUUCCAGAAAAUAAAGUUCCAGUUUAUCAUUUGUUUGAGUUGGAUUGUAAGUCCAACUCUAAGUGCCGGGAAACAAAUUGAAAAAGCAUAAAGUAGAAAAUGUCCACGUCAGCCUCCUCGUCCAGCCGCUCUCCCACCGAAAAAACCAAAACUACGCAAACCCUCCGCGACAUUGCGUACAGUCGUGGUUUCGGCGCAAGACGAAUCGUCCGGGCGGAAAUUUGGGAGUUUUUACUGCAACAACCAACAGCUCCCUCUAAUACGAAUACCAACCAAAAAACGAAGAAACAGAACAUUCUGGCGAAGUUCAAGGACAAGGCGCUAGAGCAGAAGCUGAUCGCGAAACUCCUCGGCGAGCUACCGGUGAAAACAACCAAAGCGAGCAAGCUCGGGGAGACCAUUUUGGAAGCCGCAAAAACUACCCAAACAGACACCGCGGUAAGUAGAACGAGGACAGUUUCGAAUGACGAUGAUAAUAUCCCCGCUUCUAUUCAGCAAGACUUUGACGCGGUGUACAUUCCGCCCGAAUUGAAGCACAAGCUCCCGGCGAACGACCUCCACGUGAUCGAGGCGGAUGUGAAAAGGUCCUGUUUCUCAUGGGAUAUUCACAAAAAGGAAUCAGAACUCCCGAUUGAAUCCAUGCGGUUGGCGGACAGACAGAACAAGCGGAACACGUUGAUAAAGCUGCUCGGCGAGGUUUUGGUGGAGGAAAAGAUCGAUCAUAGGGAAAAAAAGCAGAAAACCAUCACAAAUACCUGGAAAUAUUACCAGGGCUUCCACGACAUCUGCCUCGUCUUCCUCGAAACGAUGAGCACGAGAUUUUCCGCGGCGAGUUCUGUGAGAACCUUCAUUGACAAAACGCUCGUGAUAUCCUGUGCAAAAGUAUCGUACUCGUAUUGCAGUCAUGCAUUACAAAUCCUUUUGUUAAGGUAAAUCCGCAUUACAAAUUUUAUUUCUCAUGCUGAGGAAAUUUGUAAUGCAUUUAUACGAGUGCGAUACUUUUACUUUUGCAGUUCAUACAUGAAGGAGUUUUUGUCCCCGGAGAAGCGGUUCGACGAGAUCAUUUUUCCGCUUUUCGACAUUAUGGAGCAGAUUUUACGCGAACACGACCCGCAGCUCUUUACCCACUUCAAAUACCUAAACGCGCACGCUGGGCUCGCGGACACCGGGCAGAUUUCCCUCCACUUCACUUUAGCGUGGCUGCUUACCUUUUUCGCGCACAGUGUGAAUGAGUUCGAAUUGCUAUCCCGCGUGUUCGACGUUUUGGUCGCGGAGUGUAAAGGAAGUGCUGGUGAUGUUGGUGAUGACGGCGGGGGAAGUACAAGUAGAUUAACUUCUAAAUCUAAGCCAAAAUCCUAUUACACCAUUCUCUUCCUCAUCAUCGCAUUGUUGAAAACACAGAGGAACAAAAUCAUCUUGGAACUUCACGACGCAACAGAGAUUCACAUGCACUUCUCCUCUACAACUUUCUCCUUCGCAAAGGAUGACGACAAUACUACCGUUUGUAUCGAUACUUGGCUGGCGCAAGCGAAGAAAUUGAUCGAUGCAACGGACAUGGAACAGCUGCUGAAGAGGUUAGCUCGGAGGAAAAAGUACGAAUUUAUUGUGAAUGGGUUGAAGAAACGGAAGAAACUACUCUUCACCGCGACCGGGUCAACCACCGCGGCAAUAGUCGCAACCACCGCAACUUACUACGAAGAGCUUGCCAUGACGACUCUCGCGCAAGUGACGGAGUUGGUUUUAAAUCCGGAGAUUUUGGUGCGGUUUGUCAUGCAGUAUUUCGAAUACGCUGCGGCGACUGUAGUUGCUGCUGCAACAGAAGUUUUUCAAGUCGAGGGCUACGUGAAAGCGGUCGUGGAUGUCGUAGGGAACUAUGGCUCGGAAAUUACACCUGUUUUAGAAUUUGCGUAUGAACGGCACUUCUACUCCGUGAGCUUUUUUUUCACGGGCGUGGUUUGUCUGUACCUAGGGAUCAUACAGACUCUGAGUAGGAAAUUACGGGUGUACGAUACGAUGAAUGCGAAUGAAUGAAUAAGGCGCUGAAGAAUUGCACGACCAAAUAAAGACGGUUGUCGACAGCAUAGCAAAACAACUUCUCACAGCGCACGAUUAAUCUGUGGGUGCCAAGCGUGCACUUUUGAAGACAUCGCAGACAGCUGCAGUGGUUCUGCUUGAUGUUAUGUUCGGAUGAGCAAGAUCUUCUUUUUUCACAUGUUCUUGAGAAACGCGGGUUUUUUCGCUGCGGUCGUCCCUGCUACUGAGAUCCAGGUCGGAAGAUCCAUGCUGGUGUUGCGUUGUUUGUCCUCUGCGGAAGAAAAA